AUGCGUGAAGUUAAACGUGAACGCCGGGCAAAGAAGAAGGAAAAUUUGGAGAAGUGGUAUGGCCUGCCUAGGGGAGAUCUGACGCCAGAAGUUAAAGCAGACUUGGAACUCAUCGCAAAGCGACAGAUUCUGGGUCAGGACCUACACACCCGAAAGGCUGAUGGUCGCCACAGUCACUUCCAGAUGGGUGUAGUUGCUGAUGAUCCCGGCUCCUUCUACGACCGCAUACCGCGGAAACAACGAAAGAGAACACUGGUGGACGAGCUGUUGGCUAACGCCGAAUACAUGAAGAAACAACGUCGACAGUAUUCACUCAUUCAGAAGGAGAAAUGGGAGAAGAAACUUGCUGUACGCCGGAAACAGAAGCAACAGCAGCAGAAGUCAGCCAAACGUGCCGGCAAAACAAAAACAGUUAAAAUAGCCGAAUCCUAA